AUGCUGCGCCACGUGGGGGGAGGGGGGGGAAGAGGGGGAAUAAGAGAGGGGGAGGAGGAGGAGGAGGAGGAGGAGGAGGAGGAGGAGGAGGAGGAGGAGGAGGAGGAGGAGGAGGAGGAGGAGGAGGAGGAGGAGGAGGAGGAGGAGGAGGAGGAGGAGGAGGAGGAGGAGGAGGAGGAGGAGGAGGAGGAGGAGGAGGAGGAGGAGGGAGAGGAGGAGGAGGAGGAGGAGGAGGAGGAGGAGGAGGAGGAGGAGGAGGAGGAGGAGGAGGAGGAGGAGGAGGAGGAGGAGGAGGAGGAGGAGGAGGAGGAGGAGGAGAGUGUUGUGAAAGAGUGA